AUGGAAGCAGACGCCUCCUCAAAAGGUAAGGCCCCGCAACCAAAAGACAACAAAAUUAAAAAGGAAAAACUCUUUGGAACUAAAUCCAAAAACGCAAAAUCUAAAAAACAGAAGAAAUCUGGAGUAAAAGUCCCAUCUCUUCCAAAAGCCGAAGAUUUUUGCCAAGGAUGUAUCACACUCGCAUCAAUUCUAUCGUUCCAGGAUGAUAUGAUAUUCCUUGAGCUUCCAGGAAAUGCCCGCGGCACACUUCAACUCACUGAAAUCAACGAUCCAUUCCUUCAACGCCUUCAACACGCAAUUAAAAACGACGAGGAACUUCCUGAAUUAGAAAAUUUCUUCAAUAUUGGAGACUUCUUGAUGGCAACAGUCAUUUCAGCCGGAACACAUCCAGUUGAACUCUCAAUACGUCCAAAUCUUGUUAACUCAAUGAUUGAGCCAGAAGAAGGACGCAUUUUCUGGGGUGCAGUCAAAUCAAAGGAAGAUCGUGGUUAUAUUAUCGAUCUUGGCAAGGAAAAUGUUACAGCAUUCCUUCCAUUCCCAGCUCAGCUCGAGGUUGGUCAACCAGCUUUCGUCACAUUACUUAAGAAGACUUCAGAAUCAAUUUAUAAAUGCGAAUUAACAAAGAAAGACUUCUUCCCAUCCGUUCCAACCGUCAAGCCAUUCUUCGAUACACUCCGUCCAAUCGAUGUUCUCGAUGGCCUCGUUACUUCUAAUUUCACAAAUGGCGCCCUCGCGAUCAAUGCACAGUCUUUCAACGGAUUUUGCUCGAAAUACUCAUGGCCACCUGGUCUUACCAAUGGAAACAACGUCCAAGUCAGGCCAGUCUUGAUCGACCACGCACAAAAGACAAUUUGGUUCACAGCCAUCCCCCGUAUCGUUAACGGCGAACGCCCAUACUGCCUUGAUGCCAAAAUCGGCUCUAAAGUCACAUCAAAAGUAUCGCGCAUCAGAUAUAACGUUGGUAUCGAAUUUACAAUGCCAGAUAACGAGAAUUUACGUGUCUUUAUCCCCGAAAAGGAGACAAAGAGCCAUGCUCUUAUGGCUGGCCAAGAUCAUGUUGUCCGCAUUACAGAGAGAAGGCCAAUUGAUGAUCUCUUGCUCGCAGCUGAUGAUCCAGAGAUCAUUGACCUUGCUGUCUUCUCAGCUGAUGAUGUUCAUCCAGGACAAAUCUUAGAUGCCACAAUUUCGGCCAUCAACGACAAGAUCGGCAUUUUCGUCGAGUUAUCUCCAUUCCUUACAGCCCUCUGCCCAGUCAGCUACUGCGACAAUGAUCCAGAGCCAAAGAAAGGAGAUGUCAAGAAAUGCGUCGUUCUUUCAGUUUCUGAAGGCCAUGUUCGUGUUGCCAUGAAGGAAAAGUUCGUUACAAGUGAACUUCCACGUGUUGAAUCCCUUGAAAUCGCUCAUAAUUUAUGCGAAUCUAAGGAAUGGACACAUGCACUUGUCAGAAAGAGUGGAAAGUCCGCCAUUAUUGUUGAAUUCAUCAAUGGACUUGUUGGCAUGAUCAGAUCCUCCAGUUUACCAGUAUCACAAGGCCAAGAUAUCUCCAAACAGUAUCCACAAGGCUAUGUUAUCAAGACAAUGAUCUCCAGUGUCGAUGGUGACAAGAUAAACUGCGUUGUAUCAACAGACGAGUCACAAAUCCUUACUCUCGGCCAAACAUGCACUGUAACUGUUGACAGAUUCACAGAAGACGCAGUUUAUGUCCGUGUUCCAGCCAAAUACGGUGAAAUCAACUCUGUCAUCCAAGCCACACAUUUCUCUGAUUACGAGCCACUCUCCAGAUUGAUCUUCAAGAACUUAAACAUUGGAGAUAAACUGAGACACGCUUGUUUGAUCAGAAAUCCUGGCACAAACGCUCCAGCAUAUUUCACAAUGAAGCGCUGCAUCAGAGAGAACACAGAGUCCAUUCCAAAGGACACAAAGUCAAUCAAGGCCGGAGAACACUAUUUCGGAUUUGUUUCAGGUAUACAGAAUUACGGAUCCUUUGUUUCUUUCUUCGGAAGAGCAUCAGGAUUAAUUCACUCCAGACAAUUAACUCUUGGUGAUUCCGUCAAUGCUUUUGUUGACCAAGUAACAGAAGAUGGACAUAUCAGAUUGACAACACCAAUUGCUGAUGGCGAAUCCAUUAAAUUCCUCGAUUCUUUCCUCAAAGAUGCCAAGAAAUUGAAUGAUAAAUAUUUAAUUGACCAAGAAAUACAAGUUCAAGGUGAUGGAGAAAAAAGUGACGAAUAUUUCUCAUAUCAAUUGGAUGAAGACUGGAUCUGCUUAACAAACGAAAAAGUCAAGGCAGGAACAACAUUAAAGAUCGCAUACGCUGAUGUACUUUCCAAAUCAGUAUUCGCUGUUUUGCCACCAAAGAAACCACGUUCAAUUGAAAACAAUGUUGUUGUCAAAGCAACAGUUAUCGGUGUUUUCGAGCCAAUCUUCAUUUGCACAGUCAACGGACGCAUCGUUAUCUGUCCAAUGGUUAACUACAACAACAAGACAGAGAAGAAGAUCGCUGUUGGCGAAGAACUCGAGAUAACAGUCGUUGAUUCAAGAAGUGAAAGCGACGAAACAUUCGAAGUUCUCAAGGGAUAUCCACAAUAUCUUUUGAAGAGCGAAAUCUCCCAAAAUGUUGUCGCAACAAUCACUUCCGUCAAUGAUAUCUCCUGCAACGCAAAACUUAAUGAUGGAAGAACAGUUCGUAUCCAUAGAAGCCAGUUAUCACAAGUUCCUGAAGUAGGACAACAAGUUAAGGGUUCAUUAAUGAAUGGUGACAAUGCAACAUUCUUAAUAACAAACCCUGAUUCUCCACAGAAAAUCGAAGAUUUCAAAGUUGGCCAACAAGUUACAGGUGUUAUCACAAAAGUUUCUAAUGAUUCAUUGAGAUUAUCAAUGUCUCCAUUUGUUCUUGGUACUGUUUCAUCACUCCAGUUAUCAAGUACAAACAGAAAAGUUGUUGAUAAACCAUUGGCUGAAUCUUAUUCCGUUGGAGAUUUGUUCGAAGGCUGGGUUUCAUCUGUUUCAGAGAAAAUGAUCACUGUUACAGGCAUCGAUCCAUCAUUUUCUUCCAAUGUCGAAUUCGCAAAAGUCCUCAAGAUAAAGACAGGAGAUUACGCAACUGUCAAAGUAGGAAAUGGAUCAUUGAAGAAACUCGAUGUCACAGAUGUAAUCGAUGAAUACCAGUUCAAUCCAUUAUCACGUCUGAAGAAAGGAAAAGUCAUCGAUGUCGUCAAUGUUUCUGAAGAGAAUGUUUCAAUGAAACUCUCAGACAUCACGGGAACACCAAAGGAAAUUAAGAUCGAGGAAGGCGAAAUCCUCCAAGGAUACGUCUGCCACGCAAUCAAAGGCGCUUUGUUAGUUAGAUUGGCAAGAAACGUAACAGGAAGACUUCCUUUCGGAUCAAUCGCUGACUGCUUCAUUCAAGACGCUGCAGCUUUGUAUCCACUUGGAACUGUUGUUACUGUUAAAAUCAUGAAGAAGACUGAUUCCGAGAUCACUCUUUCCUCAAAGAGAAGUGACAUAACUGGUGUUGCUUUGACAAUACAAGAUCUCAAAGUUGGUGACGUUGUCGGCGGAUUCAUCACUGCUGCAAACAAGAAUGGUGUUUUCGUAAGAUUGAAUGAUUACCAGAACAAAUCCGGUUUAGUUCACCACUCAAUGUUGAAUGGAAAGGAUCCUCUUUCUUUCGUCAAUCUUGUCAAUACUCGUGUUGAUGUCGAAGUUCUUCAAGUUGACCUUGAAAAAGAGAGAAUUUCACUCAAAUUCAAUGAAAUUCACUCACAGAAUCAACCACAAGAACAAGAGCAACAACAAGAGAUGGAGACAGAAAGCGACGAAGGAGCAGAACCAGAGGAAGUCGAGAUUGAUUUGGACGAAUGGUUAAGUGACGAAGAGAAAGUCGAUGAAGAAGAGAAGGAAAAGGAAAUCAGAAGGAAACAAACAGAAGAAGAUAUUCAGAGAUUGGAAGCCAAACAAAUCGAUCCUUCAGCUCCUAAAUCAGAUAAAGAAUUCACUGCUGCUUUGGUUGCAAAUCCACAUUCUUCAAAGCUCUGGAUUUCAUACAUGGAAUUCGUCUACGCUGGUGGAGAUUCCAAGAGAGCAAUGGAGAUUGGCGAACAAGGCUUAGACAAAUUACCAAUUGGCGAAAAAACUGAGAAAUCAAACAUUUUCCAGGCUUUGAUUACUUUGAUUGUUCUCUCAGCAGAACCGAAGCAUUUCAUGGAAGAAUGCAUCCCAAUCGUUGAGAGAGCUGCACAGACAAUAGAUGAAGAAGUAAUGUGGCUGAGAUUCGCUAAAACAGUUCAUCAGAACCGUAAAGAUUUCAGCCAAGAAGCUUGGAAAGUUGCUUUGAGAAAAGUGAAGCAAAACGUUACAAUGUGGUCAUCAUAUUUGAACUCAUUGUUACAGGACAAGAAAGUUGACUUCGCCAAGGACGAAUUGAAGAGAUGCCUCAGCGGAACAUUCCAAGGAUUGGCCAAGGAAUCAGUAGAAGUCAGAAAACAAUUCGGUAUCAGUGAAUAUGAAAAUGAAUAUACAGAACAUGGUAGAACAAUGUUUGAGAACUUAAUAAAUGAGUUCCCAACAAAGUAUCAGCUAUGGAACGCCUACGUAGAUGCAGAAUGCAAGUACGGAGAACAUCUUAAGGCAAGAAACAUCUUCGAGAGAAUGACAACUCUCGAUUUGAAGAUUGAUAGAAUGAAACAGACAUUGAAGAAAUGGCGCGCAUUCGAAGAAAAGAAUGGUAAUGACCCAGCCAUUAGAAAGAAGAUCAAUAAGAUCGCUUCUGAAUUCUCUAAGCGUGUCAUUCAAGCAGGGAAUUAA